AUGCAGUCUCACAACAAAUGUUCAGUUUGUUCAGAAGACUCGUUUGGAAAACAUUAUGGGGUAAGUCCACGACUAAAAAGUUUGAGGUACAUUAAAUAAACAUUUUCAGAUCAACACAUGUAUGGGAUGUAAGUCAUUUUUUAUAAGAUCGACAAAGAGAACAGUUACGUAUUCGAAAUGCCCUUUUAAUCAGAAUUGCUAUUCCACGGUUGUAUCACAUUAUAAAUGUCGAGAGUGUCGCUUUAAAAAAUGUCUUGAAGUUGGUAUGAAUAUGGAAAACAAACAAAUAACUGGUUGGGAAAUUUGGAAAGAGUUGGAGGUAUUUUGCGGUGAUAAAAAAGUUUAAAACACAUUAUGUUCUAGAGUCCUCACACACAAAUCAAUAGUUUACUUCGAAUACUUUCUCAUGUUGAUUUGAAAAUCGAAAAACUACGAGCUUCUACAUUCAAUCCCAUAAUAUAUCCUGGAUUGCAAGAAAUGAUUAGUGAUUCAUCAAAAUCAUAUUUGGGCAAAACUUUCGAACCUAUGCCAGGAUGGCCAUUGACUAAAUCAAAAACAGUGGAAAUGAACAAAAAACUGAAUGAACGAAGAGUUGAUAUUGAGGUCAGAAAAGAGUUUCAAGUAGAACAAUCCGAGUUCAUCGAUAGUAAAGAAUUCAAUGUGUAAGAAAAAUAAUGCUCUCUUUGAUUUGAGUUUAUCUUUUCAGGAAAGAAUGGAUUAUUUUUGAUUCAUUAAUGGUUAUUGAAUAUGCAAAAACUUUCCCGUUUUUCUAUAAGCUACUUGAAAGAGACAAAUGUGUUUUGAUUCGUGAAACUCAUUACAUGAUUUCAUUAAUCACCUCCAAUUUUCAGUCGUACUUGAAUAAAAAAGAUGCCUUACAAACUCCCGAUGGAUUCUUUUAUGAUGGAAAUUUAACGUGAGUUAAGUGAAGUCAAGGGUGGGGAAAUUGGCCUGGCCUCAUGUUGUCCCAAUUUAAGAAUUCUUCAGUCAAAGAAUGGGAAUCUUGAAAAAAGAAAAAGAAAAAUGUUUUAUUUUUUUCAAUGUGCGAGAUUCUCUGGCGGAGCACCAACCUUUUAAUGAGACAUAUAUUAUAAAAAAGGAAAAAAAUAAAUUCAAAACAAACUGGAAAUCGCGUGCAUAAAACUAUGAAAAAAUUAAUCUACCUAUGAAAUAUUUCAUAGUUUGUUUUUCAAUAAAAUCUGGAAGCUGAUCCUAUACCAUCAAGUGUAAUUCAAAGCUUCAUCUAAUCAUUUAAACAGUAAUUUAUAAACAACUUUCCUUUAACAUCAAUAGUAAUUAUGAAUUAAAAACUUUACCCAAUAUUUUUAAAUGAUACUCUAUUCUAACCUGUUAGUUUUGUUCCUCCCCCCCCAAACCUCAAAAUAAACUAACUUGACUGGCCCGCUUCCGUGAAAAAUUGUUGAUCUCUUCGAACAUCCUGUCCAAACGAAACAUCUUCUUGUUCGGAAGCCUGAAACUUCUACAUUUUUUUUCUCAAAAUUUUCGCCUAUUCUUAAACUUACAUCAAAAAAUGAAAAUUGUGAAUUUGAUGAAACCCCUGCUUUCUGUGACGGUUGUCUCUGAAAAAAAAUAAGAAAAUUAAAAAAUGUACCGAAUCACCCUAUUAAUAACAUUUUUGCGCUGAAAAAAACCACUCAAAAACCAGAAAAAAAAAACAAAAAAUAAAAAUGUCGUGCAAAAAAAUUAAAAGAAAAACUACGAUAUUCCUCGUGCGCGUUGUUUAGCGUGUUUAUUUUGUUGUUUUUUUGCAGGGGGGUGAGAGAGUGUGGGAAAUGGAGAGAGGGUUAGAGAGAAAGAGAUAAAUAUGUGUUUUAUUUGAAUAUUAUUGAUUGAACGUUUUUUUUUCGAACUGAAUCAUUUUUUUGGUUUUUUCAGCGCAGAAAAUGUUAUUAAUGGGGUAAUUUGGUGCAUUUUUUAAUUUUCUUAUUUUUUUAGAGACAACAGUCACAGAAUGCAGGAGUUUCAUCAAAUUCACAGUUGUCAUUUUUUGAUGUAAGUUUCCGAACAAGGAGAUGUUUUGUUUGGACAGGACAUUCGAAGAGAUCAACAACUUCUCACGGAAGCGGGCCAGUCAAGUUAGUUUAUUUUGAGGUUUGGGGGGAGGGAGGAACAAAACUAACAGGUGAGAUUUGAGCUUAAUUGAAAACUAUUGGGUAAAGUUUUUAAUUCAUGUUUACUAUUGAUUUUAAAAUUAAAGAAGAGUUGUUUAAAAAUUACUAUGUUUAAAUGAUUAGAUGAAGCUCUGAAUUACACUUGAAGCUAUAGGAUCAGCUUCAAACUAUGAAAUAUUUCAUAGGUAGAUUAUUUUCCAGUUUGUUUUGAAUUUAUUUGUUUUUCUUUUAUAAUCUAUCUCCUCUUUUUUCGACGUGUUUUUUCUCGACUAAAAAAUGAACCUGUCCAGGACAGGACAGGUAGCCAGGUUUUCACUUGGACCUGUCAUGGCUUAUGUUCUUACCACCAAAGCCAACAUGAGGCCAACGUGAGGCCAGGUUCCCCACCCGUGAGUGAAGUUAAAAGACACAAACAUUUUUGAAAUUUAGAAAAACUGAUCUCGAAAUGGUGAUGGCUGCAGAUUUGUGAGUUAUUUUUUUAUUUUCUGGUGUAUGGGGUUUUAUUUUAUAGACCUGAUGAUAUUCCACUUGCAACACUGGGUUUUUUGACUAUGGAACCGUAUUCACGAAACAAAUUCACCAAGGAAGAAUAUUUGAUGAUGAAAGCAUUCACAUUUUGCAACCCUGGUUAGUAAGAUUUAAUUAAAAAUGUAUCGCGAAUGCUUGUUUACAGUCGAUAAUUUAUCACCAUUUGGCAAACAAAUAGUUCAAAAAGAACAGCAAAAAUAUGCAAUUAUUAUCUUGAAUCACUGCUUGACUAUUCGAAACGAUCCAUCACGAUUUAUUACUAUUAUUGAGCAUGUCAAUUUUCUGAGCAGAUCACAAAAGAAAUACAAAGAUUUUAUCACAUUCAUGAAAACUGUGGCAAAAAGUCGAGCUUCGAAUUCGAGAAGAGAAUUGGAAGAUCAGUUGUUUUCUUACUAA